AUGUGUGGUAUUUUAGGAGUUGUAUUGGCUGAUACCAAGAAGAAUGUGGCACCAGAGUUGUUUGAAGGAUGUAUGUUUUUACAACAUCGUGGACAAGAUGCUGCUGGUAUUGCCACGUGUGGUCCCGGGGGAAGACUUUACCAGUGUAAGGGGAAUGGUAUGGCCAGAGACGUGUUCACUCAACUGAGAAUGGAUAAUUUGGUUGGUAACAUGGGUAUUGCUCAUUUAAGAUAUCCUACUGCUGGAUCAUCUGCUGGUAGUGAAGCUCAACCAUUUUAUGUCAACAGUCCUUAUGGGAUUACUUUGAGUCACAAUGGGAAUUUGGUUAACUCUAUUGAAUUAAGAAAGUAUAUGGAUGAAGUUGUACAUCGUCAUAUUAACACUGAUAGUGAUUCUGAAUUAUUGAUUAACAUUUUUGCAUCUGAAUUGCAAAAGUUCAAGAAGUCCAGAGUUAAUCUGGAAGAUCUUUUCAGUGCUCUUGAGGGUACCAUGAAGGCCAUCAGAGGUGCUUAUGCUUGUACUAUUAUGUUAGCAGGAUAUGGUAUAAUUGGGAUCAGAGACCCUAAUGGGAUUAGACCUUUAUUGUUUGGUGAAAGAUAUAAUUCUCAAACAAACACUUAUGAUUAUAUGUUAGCCAGUGAGUCUGUGGUAUUGAAAGCGCAUGGUUUUAAUACAUUCCGUGAUGUUAAACCUGGUGAAGCAGUUAUCAUUCCUAAGGAUGUUGGAUCAAGUGGUAAACGUCCUGAAUUUAGACAAUUGGUUGAACCAUCAACUUUUGCUCCUGAUAUUUUUGAGUAUGUUUAUUUUGCUAGACCAGAUUCUGUAUUGGAUGGUAUCUCUGUUUAUCGUUCCCGGAUUGAUAUGGGGGAUCGUUUAGCUGAUAAGAUCAAACGGUCUAUCCCUAAUGGUGAACAGAUUGAUGUGGUUAUUCCUGUUCCAGACACUGCUCGUACAUCUGCCUUACAAUGUGCUCAAUCUUUGAAUGUUCCCUACAGAGAAGGGUUUGUUAAGAACAGAUAUAUUGGUCGUACUUUCAUUAUGCCUGAUCAACAAAGUAGAAGACUGAGUGUUAGAAGAAAGUUGAAUGCUAUGGAAAGUGAAUUUAAGGGACGGAAUGUUCUUUUAGUUGAUGAUUCCAUUGUAAGAGGUACUACUUCUAAGGAAAUUGUGGCUAUGGCAAGAGAAGCUGGUGCUAAAAAGGUAUUCUUUGCUUCUUGUGCACCUCCAAUCAGACAUAACCAUAUUUACGGUAUUGAUUUGGCUGACACCAAGGCUUUAGUUGCUUAUGAUAGACUGGAUGAUGAGAUUGCCAAUGCUAUUGGCGCAGAUCAAGUGAUUUAUCAAGAAUUGGAAGAUCUAAUUGACUGCUGUAAAUCAGAGGCUGUACCCCAAUUUGAAGUUGGUGUUUUCAAUGGUCAAUAUGUCACUGGAGUAGAAGACAGUUAUUUGAAGGAAUUGGAGAAGAUUAGAGCACAGAAUCAACGGUUAAGAGAAGGUCAUGGAAAGGGGCUUGCUGUUGAUGCGGCCUUUGAUUCUGCAGAUAUGGUUGAUAUCAAAGCCGAAGUGGAUAUUAUCUAUUAUUUCAAAAGAACACAAGUAUUCCAAAGCAUCAUGUCAUCUCCAGUUGUCGCUGCCGUUCAUGGCCAAUCAUUGGCCAAUUCUGCACCCUUGUCGAUCUUUUCCUACUGUGCUUCAUCUAUCUUGAUGACUGUCACCAAUAAGUAUGUUUUAAGUGGUUACUCUUUUAACUUGAACUUUUUCCUUUUGGCCGUUCAAGGAAUUGUUUGUAUUACUACCAUUUCAACUUUGAAAGCUCUUGGUAUCAUCACUUAUAGAAAGUUUAAUGUUGAUGAAGCUAAAAAAUGGUCUCCCAUUGCCAUUUUGUUGGUGGUUAUGAUUUAUACUUCCUCCAAAGCGUUGAAAUAUUUAUCUAUCCCUGUUUAUACCAUUUUCAAGAAUUUAACCAUUAUCUUGAUUGCUUAUGGUGAAGUCUUAUGGUUUGGUGGUAGAGUCACCUCAAUGGCUUUAGGUUCUUUUUUGUUAAUGGUGUUGUCUUCUGUUGUUGCCUAUUACGGUGAUAAUGCUGAAGCUAAGACUGCUUCCGAUACCAUGACUAUGUAUUUGGGUUAUUUGUGGAUGUUUACCAAUUGUUUCUCCUCCGCUGCUUUUGUUUUGGUCAUGAGAAAGAGAAUCAAGUUGACCAACUUUAAGGAUUUCGAUACCAUGUACUACAACAAUUUGCUUUCCAUCCCAAUCUUAUUGGCUUGUUCUUUCCUCCUUGAAGAUUGGUCCCCAGCUAAUCUUGCAUUGAACUUCCCAGAAGAUAAGAGAGCCGCCACCAUUCUGGCCAUGAUCUUCUCUGGUGCAUCUUCUGUCGCCAUUUCCUACUGUUCUGCUUGGUGUGUUAGAGUUACAAGUUCCACUACUUAUUCUAUGGUUGGUGCUUUGAACAAGUUACCAAUUGCCUUAUCAGGUUUGGUUUUCUUUGAUGCUGCUGUUAACUUUUGGUCUGUUUCUUCUAUCUUUAUUGGGUUUGGAGCCGGUUUGGUCUACGCUGUUGCUAAGCAAAGACAACAAAUGGAAACUGCUCCUAAGUUACCAAAAUAA